GACAGGUGGGAUCUCUACCACUGAGCGAUCAGGGAAGUCCUGAGCCUCCAUUACUAGAAUAUAAAAGAUUUUCCUCUAAGAGGAAUAUUAUGUUGUCAGUCUUCUCAUCUUAUUAAAAUAAGGUAGUAAUGCCAAAUUUUUAACAUUUGGUAGAUACCAAGUUUGGGUAAUUUGUUAGUGGCCUUUUUUAAAAACAACUUUUAAAUUUUUUGUAUCAUUUGUAGCACAGAGUGCUACUUCACAAAGUCUGAUUACUGAAAUGUUAUGUUGAUUCAGUUUGCUUUGAGUAUAGACAAGAAAAGGCUAGUAUACAAAUUUAUUUACAUGAGUGUAGCGUAGCCCUGUUCCUCAUGAUAAAGCUUCCCAGAGCCAGUAACGUAACUUAUCUAUCAGGCCCUGCCACAUGGUAUUAGCAUAUUUAAUCCUACGACUUAGGUUAAAAACAAGACUGAUUUCUCUUUAAAGGUUAAAAAUAUUUACCUUCACAACAGUUUGCUUUCAUCUCCAGCAGGAAGGGAGCUUUUUCAGUUUUUUAACCAUAAAAAUUAAUUUUCAAUCUGUUCAGAUUUUUUAAUAGAUCCGUGCAUGGUCUUGUUGAAAUUUAGAGUGUAGGAAAAUAUGAAGAAACACAUAAAAAUCACUUUAAAUCCCACUACCCUGCAAUGAAGAUUGUUAACAACUUACCACACUUUAAUGCAAAUAUUGUUUUUCACAUUACAUGAGCUAAUCUUUUUAAAGCUGUAAAAUACACAUGACAGAGUUUACCAUUUUACCUAUUUUUACGUGUACAGUUCAGUGGCAUUAAGCGUGUUGACAUUGUUAUGAAACCACCACCACUGCUGCCAUCCAUCUCCAGAACACUUCAUCUUCCAAACUGAAACUCUGUACCUGUUGAGCAAUAGCUCCCCGCUCUCCCCUCCCCCCAGCCCUGGCAAAGAGGACCUGGUCUUUUUCACCUUGUAUUAAAAUAUCAUAUUCGUACGGAGAAGUACACACACGGCAAGUGAGCUGACAACUGAAUCACAUAAUGAGGAAGAGGGUGUUUUCAAGUGUGAAAACUAUUGAGGUUCCUCUUUUCUUUGCAGAGCAAGUUAGCAGUGCUCUAAUAGUACAGAUUUACCUUCUCUUCCUUAACUGCCACAUUGUUUUCUCUGAUCCUGUUCUUUAGACUGGCUGGUGACGAGUGCAGAGCUAGCAAGCCUGUCACCAGAGCAUAAUAAAGCCCUGUGUGGUGACGCGUCACAGGGCCGAUUUUGCAUGGAGCGUGUUAGCCGAGGCUGCUGGGACCGCCCCCGGCUGCACCUUGCGCUAUAUUAGUGCUCCUCAGACAGGAAGAAUUUUCUUUCGCUGCUGUAGCUUGUCCGGUUACCUUCAGGAAGAUUGGAUAAUCAAGAAAUGCUUAAUCAAGACUCUGCUGUACAUGUGAAAAUGAUGCCAGAAAUCCAGAAAAAUUCAGUUCACAUCAAGAACCCAUCAAGAGUAGAAGAAAUUAUCUGUGGUCUUAUCAAAGGAGGAGCUGCUAAACUUCAGAUAAUAACAGACUUUGAUAUGACAUUGAGUCGAUUUUCCUACAAAGGAAAAAGAUGCCCAUCAUGUCAUAAUGUCAUUGACAACUGUAAGCUAAUCACAGAUGAAUGUCGAGAAAAGUUACUACAACUAAAGGAAAAAUACUAUGCUAUUGAAGUUGAUCCUGUUCUUACUAUAGAAGAGAAGUACCCUUAUAUAGUAGAAUGGUAUACUAAAUCACAUAGCUUGCUUGUUGAACAGGCUUUACCGAAAGCCAAACUUAAAGAAAUUGUGGAAGAAUCUGACAUUAUGCUCAAGGAAGGAUAUGAGAAUUUCUUUGAUAAGCUGCAACAAUACGGUAUUCCUGUGUUCAUAUUUUCGGCUGGUAUCGGUGAUGUGCUGGAGGAGGUUAUCCGUCAAGCUGGUGUAUAUUACCCAAAUGUCAAAGUAGUGUCCAACUUCAUGGAUUUUGAUGACAAUGGGCUGCUCAAAGGAUUUAAAGGAGAACUAAUUCAUGUGUUUAAUAAACAUGAUGGUUCCUUGAAGAAUACAGAAUAUUUCAAUCAACUAAAAAACAAUAGCAACAUAAUUCUCCUGGGAGAUUCCCAAGGGGACUUAAAAAUGGCAGAUGGAGUAGCCAAUGUGGAACACAUCCUGAAAAUUGGGUAUCUAAAUGAUAGAGUGGAUGAGCUUUUAGAAAAGUACAUGGACUCUUAUGAUAUUGUUCUAGUAAAAGAUGAGUCACUGGAUGUAGCCAAUUCUAUCUUACAGAAGAUUCUAUAAACAACCAUUCUUCAAGAAGACCUCUCACCUAUGGGUGCAACUGAUGAAAGAGCUGCUCAUCUGUUCAUCUGGCUAAAAGACUUUUUUUUAUUUAUAAUAUAUUCUUGCUCUUGAAAUUUUUCCUCUGUAUUACUCAAGUAUUUUCAGAUUUGUUGAAUCCAUCAACUGGAAGUUCCUAUUUUCUCCACCUCUCUCAACACACUCCUCACUAUAUAUUUUUUAACAAAUUUUUAAAAAUUCUUAGAGCUAAAAUUGGAAAAAUAACCCCCUACAUUUCGAGAGUGACUUUUGUAGCUUAAUGUUAUUAUGACAUUUUCGAGGAAUCUUUUUACAUUGGGAAAGUUUAUAGAAGAUUUAAAAGUUUUAUGAAAUGAUGAAAUAAUGUGCAUGAUUUUAAGUAUUGUCAUUUUUAUAAUUUGUGAGAAUUACGCUGAUGGUAUUAAUCAUCUCCUAAAACUUACAUUUAGUUCUUUUGUUUGGUGAAAAUCAGUAUUUACCAAAAAAUAUUGGCAGUUAAUGUUUGAAAAAUAUCCAUUGGUAUCGACAUGUCACUAAUCAUUACAGAAUGUUCUGUAUCAAAGCACUGAUGAUAAACAUGAAAUGAAAAGCCUUUGUAAUUCUGGCAAGACUAUUAUUAUUCAUUCGCAAAGCCUGCCAUGAUUUUCUUGCAUGUAUGUGUGAUGUAUGAAUCCCAAUGUCUAUGUCAUAGUGCCUACUUAGGUUAUUUUCAGAUUUAUACACUAUAGAAAUAAAAAAGAUUUUUCCAGAGAAAA